AUGUCACAUAGAGUCUGCCAGAACCACCAUUGGGACUUGAACUCGGGGCUUGUAGGUUCAGAUGCGAGAGCUUUUGAUGUGCCCAGCUGUACAGGCUCCAUCAAGUCCAUUAAUGACGACCAAAAGAAGCCAACUCUGCAGUCACGUCUAGACAAAAGUGAAUUUGAUGGCGAGAUCUUGCCUCAACCUGGCAACAAGGGUAUCACCGUUUCAAAGACCAUGCGACAACUGACGCACCCUGUCUACUAG